AUGACUAAUAUGAAGUGUUUUGACCCUCGGCUGCGGCGCACAGCCCCCACACGCGAGGGUAGCAGGAAUGAUCUGGUCACUCCACCGUCACACUCCAGGCUCAACGGUUGGUCUCUUCCACUCCAUGUCCUCCAGCUGGUUGGCUGGUUCAUGUACAGUUUUAUGGCCAUCGUGGGAUUUGGCGUCUACAUCCCACUUUUACCGUCACCAUGGAACUAUGCUGCAUAUUGUGUCAUUGGCACAGCUUUUGUUCUGCAUUUGGUGACUCACCUGGCAGCAGCAUCCAUAGACCCAGCAGACCUCAGCGUGCGUGCCAAAAAAGACUACUCCUCUCCCAUGCCUGUCUUUGACAAGAAGAAACACCCUCACGUCAUCCAUAAUCAGCACUGCUACUUGUGUGAGGUUGACGUAGGGCCUAAAGUUAAACACUGUAGUAAUUGCAACAAGUGCAUUGCAGACUUUGACCACCACUGCAAAUGGCUCAACAAUUGUGUGGGAGGGAGGAACUAUUGGUUUUUCUUCGUGACCGUUCUGUCUGCUGUCUUCGGAGUGUCUCUUCUCCUUGUUAUCAUCUUGUUUGUCUUCAUUGAGCAUUUUGUGAACCCAGCCAACCUGCGCACCGCACCUCAGUUUCGCUAUGUAAGAGGGAACAACACUUGGCUUGCCUUUCUGCCACUGGCACCUAUGGAAACCAGCUCUGCCAGUCUCAUGGUAUUGGCCUUUAUCACCAUCAUGCUGUGCUUUGCAUCUCUGUUACUACUGUGCCAUCUACUGGGCUUCCAUUUAUAUUUGUUAUACAUCAAGAUGAGCACAUAUGAGUACAUUAUGAAACAGCGUCAUUCACAGAACACAAAAGAGCGGGAAGCCGGAGCCAGUCGCUCCUCAUCCACCAACAGUGCCCCAGCACUAAACCUUGGCCCCUUGGAAACGUCCAUAGAUUGUGAUGCAUCUUUCCCCAGCAAAACCAGUACCCUCAAAUACAAGGAUCAAGGAGAAAUUUCGGGUCGACUCUCAGGACCUCUUUGUGCUGAGAUGGAACACUUUAAGCAGUCACCUAAUGCAGAGAAUCAUUACUAUGGAUCCAGAGCAUCAACACAAGCCAUACCAGGUGAGGCAGGGAAGGCUAGCUCUCUUGGCUUCGGUCUUAGUGGAGUAGAGAAGGCCCAGAGUUCAGAACAGGUCAGCGUGAAGUCUGUGGAGGGAAUUCCCAUAGUCCAGAACACAGCUGGAACAUCCAUCAUGGAUGCUGCAGUGGUUCAUCAGCAGUUGUCCACAGAUUGA